AUGGGAUCAUCUUGUGCUAAAUUUGUGUGUUAGGACCAUGUGGAUUCUGAUCUAAUGAGUUUGGAAUCCAAAAUGAGAACUUUGAAUGAAAUGAGUAAGAGUACAAAAUUUUCUUCUCUGAAAUUCAGUAUUACCUACACAGUCCCUGUAAAUUAGAAGGUCUCGGAAACAGAAAUCCAGGAUCAAGAUCGUCCUAUUCACAAAAUCAAUAAAAGCAAGGGGAGAAUGAAAAACUUCAAUUUUCAAGAAGAUCAUCAACAAUAAUUUUGGCUUUCUCAAGUUUCUCAUAUUACUGGAAGUCCAGCGAGCGUGAAAAGUGAAACCAGAAGAAUCAAAAAGAAAAAUAACCCAAAGCGAGAUCUUAAUUAGAUUUAAAAUUUAGAUUUAUCAUUUUAUAUUCAGAGAAUAAGUUACUAAUUAGAGAAUAGAGAAGUGCAAUCCUAAAGAAGUAUCCUUAGAUCACCCUUGAAUAAAAGUUUCAAUUCUCUCUCAGAACAGAAGAAAGUACACUUUGCUCAAGGCACUAAGUUUAGAUCUAAAAAGUCUUCACCUUCUAAAAGAACAUCGCUUAAUCACUUGAGAGGAAGUUUAAUUUGA